GUUGGUGGUGAAUGAGUGGUGCACCUUCACAUGUAAAUAGGAAGUACGAUCACGUGGUGUGUUUUCCUCCAGAUAGUGUUACAUCAUUUACGUAUCGGUCCCGUAUGAAGGCACUAUACCGUCGCCUCUCGUCCGAUUCAGUACCUUGAGGAAAUCGUUCCAGAGAAUUAACAAUUUUCAAGUCAAGAUGUUGUUAAUCAGUCUUGCAGUAGCGAUAACCUUCUCGCCGUUCAUCGUACUUGGAGAUGUCGUACCUAUCGCAGAUGCAUUUGAUGUCUGUCAGAAUGAAACGCUAACAUUAAAUUUACCUAGAGAAACUUGGCUUAGUAGCGGCUUCAUUGUUUCUCCUUCGUUAAGAUGCAUAAAAAUACGUGGUGAUAAUAUUAAUAUUGAGAACGGAACAUUCGAUAAGGUGUCAAAUUUAUUGUACCUUGAUCUCAAUUACAGUGCAAACUCUGCAGAAUAUUUAUUCUCUUUCGGAAGUCUUCCAAAUGUGAGAAUUCUAAAUCUCGGUAAUCAAAAUAUCUACAAUCAGGUCCCAUUAAAGAUUGAAAGAGUAUAUCCUGAACUUUGGUACUUGAAUUUACAAUAUGCUAAUAUCUAUGAUAUAAGAAGUACGUGGAGUAAUCCUUUCCCCAAAUUAACACAUUUGGAUCUCUCGGGAAACCGCAUUAAAACAUCUGACCUGGAAAUAUUUCCUGACACGUUAACGUAUCUUAAUCUAACUGAUAAUUAUAUCUCGCAACUCUCGUUCCCAAAGUUUAGCAAUCUGACAUCGUUAAUAUUAGACAACAAUAUAUUAAGGGGAAUAGGUGGUUGGUCCGGCCUUGAUUUGAGAGGUUUGCGGAAACUGCAGAAUUUAUCGGUAGCGAACAAUCAAAUUAGUUGGAUUUCUGUCCAGGAUGCAACAAAUAUUCGAUAUUUGAAUCUCGCUCAGAAUUCUUUAUCGAAUAUUGAUUAUAAUGAUUUUCGGUCUAUGAAAUUGUUAGAGGUUCUUAUUUUAGAUAACAAUUUAUUCCCAGAUGUACCUUCUAUGUCUCUAAACAUAACUACGCUUUCGUUAAAUUGUAACAGUAUAAGGUAUCUAAAUGACAGCCUCUCUAACUUGCCAUAUUUAAGAAAGUUAUUCCUAAACGGGAAUAACAUUACGCGUAUUAAUGAGAAUACUUUCGACAAUCAUGAGCAGUUAGAAGAAUUACACUUAGCUGAUAAUCAAUUAACGUACUUGCCACCGAACUGGAGUCGAUCUAUGAAGAAUCUUCGAAAUCUAAUUUUAUCUGGGAACAAAUUCACUUCGUUGAAUUCGAUAAUUCAUAGUGCUGAUUUGCCUAUACCAUUCAAUGAUAUACCAAAUUUGAAAUGUUUAAAUAUGGCGAAAAAUAAGAUUCCAUUGCAACAAAUGCAAAUUAAUCAUAAUAGCCUAAAGACAUUGAUUAUUGACUAUCAAAGUAUUUCGGAAACGAACGAUUUAGUCUCAGGGGACGAAGAUGAGAUAAAAAUGCGUUUACCAAAUUUGGAAACUCUAUCGUGGAAAAAUAUGAACUAUGAGUUUUUCACACAAUUUACGUCACUGUUUCAUAAAUUAACUCACGUUUAUUUCUCCGACAGUAAAUUACAAUACGUGAAUAAAAAUAUAUCUCUAUAUUUCCCGAAUUUAAACAGCAUACAUUUAGAACGUAAUUUGAUUGACAAUUUACAUAUGGACUGUGGGAAUAUAGAAGCAAUAUAUUUGGAUGGAAACCCGCUUAAGAAGCUCCAGUUCGAUCCGAAUCAGUGCAACCUAAAAAUUAUUUCUUUGUCCAGUUGUUUACUGGAAGAUGUGUUAAGUUUUAAUGUUCAGUCUUUAAGAGUAUUAGAUUUAUCGCGUAAUCGUAUUGGUUACAUAUCCGACGAUGCGUUUAGAUACACACCAUUUUUGGAAAAAUUAAAUUUAAGUAGGAAUAAAUUAAAAUCCUUUCCAUAUUUACAACAUUUAAAUAGCUUGACGACGCUGUGUCUUGAUUACAACCUAAUUAAUGAUAUUAGAAACGUAAUUCUAGUAAACUCCUUAAAAAUGUUAAGUUUAAGAAGAAAUUUGAUAAGCCGUAUUGACGAAUUUACAUUUUCGGCACUCACCAACCUGGAAUAUUUAGAUUUAGCAGAAAACAAUUUACAUUAUUUGCCUCCGAAUUGGGGUCAAAAUUUGAAGAUGUUAACUUAUCUAAAUUUAGAGACGAAUUACUUUGAAAAUAUAGAAGAUAUGAUGCUGCAUUCUGUAGUAAAUUUAGAAGAAUUAUACAUAAAGGACAGUGGCGUUACAGCAAUUAGUUUAGAAUCAUUGCAACAUAUGCCAAAAUGUACUAUUCGUAACAAACAAACAAGGAACGAUGAUGAUCAAGUCCGACAGCAAUACAAAUACCAUGGUCACAGUGGUGUUCGUAACAGAUAUAAUCCACCGACCAUUCCGACUUUCAGUACUCCACGACCCUGUCAGACAUACACGACAUGUCCUACGCCAGUACAAUAUGUGCAAUGUACACCGAACGCGGUUUUGAAUCUUACGCAUAUGGGCUUGAAAAGAAUUGGUGAUUCUUUCAUAUUUAGCCCGGACACGAAGGAGCUGUAUCUAGACGACAACGAGAUCACUGAUAUUUCUGUUGCAGCAUUUACGUCUCUGAAACGGCUUGAGAUUUUGAGUCUGUCCGGUAACAAUAUUUCUAUCGGCAAAAUGUUAUCGUACAAAAGUCACGAAGCUUUGCAAAAACUGAUUUUAAACAACAACAAGUACAAUGGAGAAGACACGAGUAUCGAAAAGAUAUUCGAACCGUUAAGGAGACUGCAACAUUUGUCGCUUAGGAGAAAUGGAAUUUCUCAAUUGAAUAUCGUAAUGAAAGAUUUCGCGCCAUAUCUGAAUUCGUUGGAUUUGUCAGGAAAUAAGCUCGAAUCGAUAAAUGUUAAUAAUUUCCCGGAAACUAUCGCUUAUCUUUAUUUGGACGAUAACAAGUUCACAAACUUAAAUUUGAACAAUUUAAACAUCAAUGAACUGUCUCUAAGCGGGAACAAGUUUCAAGAAUUAUGCGAUGUAAAUUGCGUAGAUUCCUGGCUGUCACUAAAAGGAAAAACGAAAUUGUCGAAGCUGAACGUGUCCCAUAAUAUUAUCAGCAACAUGAAGGAUGGUACGUUUGCGAAUAUGAAAAGUCUCGUCACGUUAGAUUUAUCUCAUAACAGAAUAGUAUCGGUUCCGAACGAUAUUUUCAACGAGCUAUCUUCAUUGAAAGAACUUCGGAUCAAUCACAAUCUUUUAAUCAUUAUACCAAACAUAUGCUCGUUAGGUUAUAUAAAGCAUUUGAAUAUAAGCAACAAUCGAAUAACAGAAGUGACGUCCACUUACGAUGGUUAG